AUGCGGCAUUCGCCCAAGAACGAGCCACUUGCACACUCCUAUGCCACUGUGCGUGUUUUGUGGCGUGACCAUCGUGGAACUGUUUCAGUAGUGGCACACGCUGACACGCGCACGGAGUUCUUGUGUCAGGAGAUUUUAUAUACUCGGUUCUCUCCACGUGAGCGCAGAGCCAUUGAAGCUGACGUUAGCAAUAUCAUGGACCUCGUGCAUCCUCACGUAGCUUCCGUUGUGGACUUCCUUGACGAUAAAGACCGUGAGACUUACUAUAUAAUUUCAGAGACUGGCAGCUUCACCACCGCCGGAGAUCUUGUACGGUUCUCUCGAAACAAUAAUAGUUUCAUUCCAGAAGAAACUAUAUGGUGUAUUGCUGCCCAUAUACUCCUUGGUCUUUCUUACUGUCACCUCCUCUGCAAGCCAGACCCCGGCUCUCCUUCCGGCAUCUUGCACCGCAACAUUCGCCCGUCCUCCAUUAUAGUAGUCGGAGAGCGUGAGUAUAAACUGGCACUGUUCGGGGUUUGUCAUUUUCGCGGAAACGUUGUUGCGUCACAGGGUACGCUAAGCCUAUACAUGGCUCCUGAGGUCGUGUUUCAUAAUGCAUACAGCGAGAAGAGUGAUGUGUGGGAGCUGGGGAUCGUUCUUUAUGAGUUGUGUGCUAAGCAACGGCCCUUCUCUGGCUACGACAGGCAGCAGAUAAAGGAUGCCAUCAUGAAUGCAUGCAUACAGAGCCUACCAAUCUACUAUUCGGAUGAGUUGUCAGCAUUCAUCUGUGCUAUGCUGAAGCCAGAUCCAUCUGCUAGAAGCUCGGUAUCGACCCUCCUUAACCAUCCCAAGCUCACUGCUAAUCUGCAAGACUAUGACACUACUGCAAAGGGCUAUAGUCCGGAACAAAUGCAGAGGCUCCUUGAACUGAGAACUCGAGAGCUCCAAUUACUGAAGCAAUCUGAGGCACACUUGAAAACUAUGCUUGCACAGAGAUCGUCAGAGCUAUUCACCAAUUUAUCUGCAAGUUACAUGAAUGCACAUAGCAACAGCGACGCCGUAACACCCACCCAUUUGUCGACCAUACAGCGGCCACUACGCGGUACACCCAUAGCGUGGAAGAUGAAGGGACAGCAACGGCUAUCACAGGAUGUACUCGCGUCCAGAUUCACAGAACUAAAUCGGAGCGUGCUAGAGAAGAGCAAGGAACUAGAGAUACUCCAGAAAGAGAAUAUGCAACUAACCGACCUUAUCAGCUCACAAUCGCAACGUUAUGAGGACCGCCUCUAUGAAAUGCAGCGAUCAGUCACAGAUUUAUUGAUGAGCUUCCAGUGUGGAGACAAUGCAGAGGGGAAAACUAUUCUGAUGGGGGCCGCUGAAUCUGGUUUCAGCUAUGUGGUGGAACAGUUUAUUUCUCAGCAAAAGCGCAAGCAGGACGUGCAAGGGAGGACGGCCCUGAUGUACGCUGUUCUCGGCGGCUCUCUCAAGUGCGUGCGGCUGCUUGUAAGAGAGGAGGCUAGAAUGGUUGAUUCGCAGGGGAAGACUGCACUUGCGUAUGCCAUAGCAAAUAAGGAUAUAGAGCUGAUCAGGGUACUGAGAGACGCAGAGUGGAACGUUGUAAUACAUGGAAACACCUCUGCACGAGAUCUGGCACUGGCAACACAGCAGGAAGCUAUCAUAAAUUUGUUUCCUGAGGAUAUAUUUGCUAAUAACACUUUUGUUCAGCCCCGCACUAUGAGUGCUGCCACCACCAAUCAGGAUCAUGGGCAUAAUUCGUCCAAUCUUGUGGGAGAAAUGUACAUAGGUAGUAAAGACCUUAACCCAUUCAGCAGCCAGGAUGAUGUGAAUCUUAGUGAGCCAAUAGCUAACUCUGGGCUUGAUAAGGUGCUUGAUGAUAACUCCAGAUACCUGGCUAACUUAGUUAAGGCAACCAAAGACAAAGGAGAGGAAUCCGGACACCAGUCACAGGAUAGCUCGUACUCCUAUGACUAUUCUUACUCAUCUAUUGCAUCUAUAUCACAAGAAGAGUUCCUUAAUGGAGACUCUCACACACCCUUGUAG